GAACAGCUGGAGGACAACAUUUCAACUUCACUUUACGAGUACACAGUAGUAUUCAACGGCGACCAGGUACUCGACACGCACACUCAUUUUCACUUCUUGAUUACCAGUACUUCAGGCAUAUUUAAACGUCAGAACUCCAUACCCGGUCCCUGAGCAAUUGGGCCUGUGUAAUUACUGCCAUUGCUGGGUAUUCGGUUCAUCCCUUCCCGUUUACAGAUUACACCUCUUGAACAGGAUCAACUUGACCACCGGGCAAAGGUGCCCAAGAUAUCUGAGGAUGUCUUCAGAGGACAACCUCCAAAACGUGGCUGACGUACUCCCGCCGUCGCCGCCUGUGUUCGCCUUUGCGAGACUCCUGGAACCCCAAUACCUCUUCAUCGUCUUCAGCGCACUCGGCAUUAUCUGGCUUGGCGCCCAUGGCUCGCUCCGUCGACCACCCUCAGCGGCGCCGGCAAAACCGAAGAAUGGAGAGAAGAAGCGGGAGGAGGAAAAGUUCACGGAAGGGCUCGUCGCAUCAGAUGUCAUCCGGUUCCCUCUCAUGCUCGCCGCCGUCCUGAUUGGACUCUACUACCUCAUCAAUUGGCUACAGGACCCGGCCAUUCUGAACAAGGGACUCCGGCUUUACAUGUCCAUCAUGUCUCUCGCUGGAUUGAGUGCCCUCGCGGGCGAUGUUUUGGACAAUUUAACGAGCCUGGUCUUCCCGACUGCGUGGGCCGAUAGCAAGGGGCAGGUUCACCACAUCGACCCUGACCGAUGCUGUCAGUAUGUGAUCGACAAGGAGACUGGCAACCAAACCGUCAUCAAGGAGAAGACGACCCCCCUGGCCGGCUUUUUCUCCAGCUUGGUAUUGUCACCAUUUUCGAGGUGGUUUAUCUGGGAGCUACGUAACCUGUCCACUGAGGAAUGGACGGUGCGGCUUGUUGUAUACAACAAACUCCUGGUUAAGAUUGAACUCCGGCUCAACGAUGUUCUCCGGUUCGCCAUCGCCGGAGGGGUUUCUGUGGCGUACCAUCUGCUCGGGUGGGAUGCACUUUCCAACCUGCUCAGCAUGGCUUUGUGCUACUUCUCCUUCAUGAUGAUCUCACCCACAUCUUUUACCAUCGGUAGCAUGGUUCUCGCCAGCCUCUUCGUCUACGACGUUGUCAUGGUCUUCUACACCCCCUUCAUGAUCGCAGUCGCUAAGAGCAUCGACGCCCCCAUCAAGCUGGUCUUCACCAGCGCGAAAGGCGCCAGCAUGCUCGGGCUAGGCGACAUCGUGGUCCCAGGCAUGCUAAUGGCACUAGCACUACGCUUCGACCUGUUCCAGCACUACCAGCGGCAGACCACGCUCGAGCCGGUAGAGCUAGCGACCGAGACCACGACAGAAACCAACACAACGACUACCACCACCACCACCACGCAGCACCGCCGCGUCAAGGCCACCUACGUCGACACGCGCGGCCAGUGGGGCAACCGCUUCUGGACGACGCCGCUCGGCCGCCUCUCGCCCGUGCGCGACGCCACCGACGCCAUCGCCGCCACCGCGUUCCCCAAGCCCUACUUCUACGCCUCCGUCGCCGGCUACGCCGUCGGGAUGUUUGUUACGCUGACGGUUAUGCUCGUCUUCAACCACGGCCAGCCGGCGCUGCUGUAUCUGGUUCCCGGCGUCACGGGGUCGUUGUGGUUGACGGGGCUGGUGAGGGGGGAGAUCAAGGAUAUGUGGGGGUACACGGAGGACGGGAGCCUGGAUACUGAGGAUGUGGUGGUUGAGGUGGAUAGGGAGGGGAGGGUGGUGAAGGAGAGCGCGGGGAAGAGGAGGGAUGAGGUUGGUGAGGAGGGGGAUAAGGAGGAGGAGGGGGGUAAGGGGGAGAGCGGGGACGAGAAGAAGGGCGGGGACGAGAAGAAGGGGGAGGCGGACAAGGGAGACAAACUUGAGGCGGAAAUCGAAGGGAUCAGGAACAAUUUAGGGCCUGGGAAACAUGAGUUGUUUCUGCUGUCGGUAACCGCACCGCGGGCGGUCAUGACGGUGACUUAGGGGCACGGCCGUGAUGGGUGUCUAAUACUCUGGAACUACUACGUAGUUUUGGUAAAUCCGUCAGCCAGAUUCUGUCGUUGUUAUCGUUAUGGGAAUCGGGUAGAACAAAGAGAGCGAGUUGCAUUUGAGAACAUAUGGUUAGAGAAAAUAACCAAACGCACCACCCAUGAUAUCCCAACCCCUAACGAUUAGACAACAACAAACCUGCAAUAGUCAUGCGGUGCUCCUGCUGGCUUGAGAGAAAAGAGAUUUCGAAGAAGGUGCAUAGGGGGUUGAGCGAAACAUGACGAAAUCCCCGGUGGACUUCAACCCUAUGACCCACGGAAACGACAUUGAACGAUGGGAGGACGACUUCUCACAGAAGUAUCGUUAGUAAGCGGGGCGAGGGUGGAAAAGAACAACUCCAGAAACUGUCAGAUUCUGGAAUUUAUU